CUUUUCUUUUCAGGUGAUUUUUGAUUUUUUUGUUUAUCUUUCUUUUUUUCUGAUGUUCACAAGUUUGUAAAAGAACAAUUUUUACAAUUAGUUAACGAGCUUCGAUUAAUAUUAUUGUCCUGUUGUUACAAACAAUUCGUUGUGUUGUAAUCAGAAUAAUUUGUUCUCUCUCUUUCUCUUUUUCUUUUUCUCUUUCUCUUGAUUUUUCUUUUUUCAUCUUUUUCUCUUUUUUUUCAUAUUCUUUCUUCUUCUUCUUCUUCUUUUUCCACCAUGAGUGACUCUCGACCCAUGGAAACAAAGUUAAUGUAUUACAAUGGUGACGAUGAUAUUCCAACUCUCAUUCGACUCGCUGUCUCACCUAAUCAAGUGACCCUAAGUGAUUUUAAAUCUGCCAUUAAUCUUAAAUCAACCUGUAAGCACAAGUUUUUCUUUAAAACAAUCGAUGAUGAUAUUAUAGUUAAAGAGGAGAUUGCUGAUGAUGAUGCCAAAUUACCUGUUUUUAAAGGUAACAUUAUUUGUUACAUUGAGUCUCAGGUUAAUGAUGAGACUGAUUGCUCUGAUGGACGUAGUAGUGAUCAUGGACAUAAUCAUGGUCAUCAUCAUCAUUCACACCAUCACUCUCACCAUGGUCCAUCUCAUUACUAUAGUAGGUGUGAUGAUUAUUCAGAUGAUGAUACAAGCUCCAGGAUCUCAACUUCAACCAAUGAAACCUCUGUCAGCCGAUAUAAUCCAAUGUUACGGCGGGAACGAGUUAUGUCCAAUGCAUCUUCCGUUUCUAGUGUAACAGAAUCAUCUGCCAUUGAUCGUGUAAUUAAAACGGUUACACUUGAUUUAGAUAAAACCAAUUAUCUUGGUAUGAGUUUAAUUGGUCAAUCCAGUGAUCGUGAAAAUGGUGGUAUUUAUGUUGGAUCAAUUAUGAAGGGUGGAGCAGUUGCUGCUGAAGGAACCAUUCAACCAGGUGAUAUGAUAUUACAGGUGAACGAGCACAUUUUGUCAAAUAUGACCAACGAUCAAGCGGUUGAAAUACUUCGUGAAGCGGCUCAAAGAGCGGGUAAAAUUGAACUUGUUGUUGCAAAAUUUUUCGAAUCAAGUGCAGAAAGUUAUUUUACUAUUCCUCGCGAAGAACCAAUUCAACCUCUUAAUUUGGAAGCUUGGAUUCACACAACCGAAGCUGCCACCGGAUUAAAUGCUCAUCCAGAAUUUGAAGGACCACCUUCUUCCGAAUCAGCUUCAACCUCUGCCAGUCAUUCAUCGAUGCCAAGUUCUUAUGCUAGAUCAGAACAGCGACAAUUAUUACCCGAUGUACCUGAGUUGUCCCUCGCCAAUAGUACCAUGUUUACAAUCGCUAAAUAUGCCGCUUCCAGUGACAGUGGACUGGUUGUGAAAGAUAGAAAAUGGUUGAAAAUUAUAAUUCCAAACGCUUUUCUAGGAGGUGAUUUAGUCAACUGGUUGUUCACUAAAGUGAAAGGAUUCAAUCGUCGGAGAGAUGCUAAUAGUUAUGCUAAACAGAUGAUGAAACAAGGGCACAUUAAACACACGGUGAACAAAAAAUUCUCUGAAUUUUGUUAUUACGUUUUUGACGAAAGUGUUACUUGUGAAUCAAGUAACGAAGAUUCAGCCGUUUAUUCACAAUUUUCAUCAUUUUAACAACAAUUAGCAAUGAUUUCCAUCAACGAUAAUCUCAAGUUCAUCAGAUUGAAAUAAUUAAUCAACUUUUAUAUAUUACAUGAAACUGAGUUUUUCCAACAUCUAAUUGUGCAAUCAAAUACAAUCUAAAUAUUAUUGACUUGAGAUUAAUUUUUACUUUCAUCUUUAACCAUGUAUAUUUGACACAAAAAAAAAGGAGCCAAGUCAUCAAUUAUUAAUACUAUUAUUAUUAUCAUCAUCAACGAAGUCAAUUAAUGCCAAAGACAACAACAAAAGAUGUCGAUUCAAUCAUUAUCUUGCUAAUCAAUCAAGGUAUAAGUUAAUCAUCAUAAUAAAUUAUUGCAAGUAACCUGAUACAACCUAUACCCUGAUCACUUUCACCCUCUUCAACCAUCACCAUUACCACCAACGGAAAAGGAAAUGCAUCAAUCAUGUCUUCGUUUACCUUUAAAUAGCUUCAAUCAACAUUAAUUAUAUUUAUCCAUCGAUCUGACUCUAAAUUGUAAAAUCAAUUACACCAAUUAAUUUAACAAAUUAUUUUCAAAAACAAAUUGUCAACUAAAUAAUGUUACCCAUUUACCUUUUCUCAUUCACCACCUUAACCAUGGAUCCAAUCAACAAAUUGGUUAUAAUUGAACAUCUUUUUAUAACUAAUUGUUGAUUGUAAACAUCAAAUUUACUUUUAUGGUUAACAAUUGUAAAUCAAUAUAACAUUUUGUUUUUCCUUUUUUUUUAUUUAUUUUCAUAUCUUUACGUUUGUAUUACCAAGAAAACAAAAAAAUUUCCACCACAAUCAAAUCAAACUAAUCAACUUUCACCUUCCCAAUCAAUUUUUAUCAAUCACCAUUUGCUUUUGUAUCUUCUUAUUUUAAUUUGUAAAAACAAAACAAAAUCAAACAAUUAACUUUAGCGGAAAUGAUUAAAACAAGAAGAGAUUAUCGAGAUCAUCAUUAAAAAGUUAA